GUCCACAUUGCUUCGAAUAGUCUUUCCCUCUGCCACACACAAACGUUUUUUUUUUCUUUAAGCAGAAAAAAAUUGGGGAAAUCUGUGCGUCAGGGGUAAGAACUCUGGAAUCGAGAACACUUCAUGGACUUCCGCAGUAGAAAGGUUCAAUUUCUUCUAUUCGCCAUCGGAAUCGUCGCUCUCAGUAUCACAGCGGAAAAAUGUCGGGAACUAGUUGGAGUAGAAGCCGCAUCAAAGAGCGGACAGUUCACAUUCCUGAACUGCUUUGACAUGAGUUCAGGAACCGUAGCCUGUGCGGUCAAAGAAGGCGUGAAACUCUAUUUCUACAGCAUAAGAUCCAUCCACGUGGAGAAAGCGCGGAACGUGGCCAUCGAGAGAGCCUUGCACGAGGCGUUGGUAAAAGGCAUGGCCGCGAACGAAGCGGCCAAAGACGCUCAGAGCGCGGGCGCUAAAGCGGCUAAGGUGGCGACCAGGCAGGCGAAACGGAUCAUUGGACCGAUCGUGGCAGCCGGGUGGGAUUUCUUCGAGGCGCUCUACUUCGGAGGGACGUUGACGGAAGGGUUCUUGCGUGGGUCAGGGACUUUGGUCGGUGCUUAUGCGGGAGGGUAUGUGGGAGAGCAGAGGUUUGGGAGGUUUGGGUAUCUUGUGGGAAGUCACUUGGGGAAUUGGAUCGGUGCGAGGGUUGGACUGAUGGUUUAUGAUGUUGUGAAUGGGGUGAAUUUCUUCUAUGAGACUUAUCAAUCUGGAGAGAGUUUUGAGGAGCAGUCUACUUAUAAAACUGAGGAGGCUGAGUCUACAUAUGAAACUUCUCAGGAGGAUCAGUCUACAUAUGAGACUUCUGAUGAACAGUCUACAUAUGAGCCUUCUGAUGAACAGUCUACGUAUGAAACUUCCGAGGAUCAGUCUGCAUAUGAAACUCCAAAUUACGAGCUCUAGAAGCUUUUGAGGAUGAAUAGAAUUGGAAAGCUCUAGAUUAUUCUGGAAUGUUUGUUUGUGAUACGUUUGACAUAGCUGUAUAGACUCAAAGAGUUUCAACAUUACUGAUGUAUGAAUGAUUUAAAGUUACAAUUUGUUCCUGUUUGUCUCGA